AUGCUUAACCAAAUCAUCCCACUGGUGCAUUCUUCCCGGAUAUUAGGAGUGUGGGUUGAUGACCGCCUAAACUUUAAGUGCCACAUGAAUCAAAUUAGAAAGAAUGCCAUUAACAAGCUCAAUAUUCUUCGAAUUCUCACCAACAAAACCAGUUUUGCCCAUCGAGAUUCCCUUUUUCGAUUUCUCCACGGCUGGCUUAUUCCCUCUAUCCUUUACGGCCUCGGUUUUACCAGCCUGGCACUUGACGAAGUUAUCAAAAGACUGGAACCACUCUACAAUAACUGCAUCCGAACAAUUAGUGCCGCAUUCUGUACCAGCCCUAUUGAUUCUCUAAUGGCCGAAAGUGGGCAACUUCCUUUCAAAUUUCUUGUCGCUAAACACCUUUCCUCCAAAGCUAUUCGUUCUCUUUCCUAUCAAUGCCCCCCAGACUCACCGUUGGUCCAAAGAACCAACUCACUAUUAGUGGAACUUGCCGGAAUUACUCUCCCAUCAAUCUCUUCAAGAAAAGGGCUGAAAAUCAAAUUUUGGAACGACCCCACACCUAACAUUGAUCUGUCCCUGAAACAUAAAAUCAAAGCUGGGAGCCCCCCCGCGAUUGUUUUGCCCUUCUUCCGUCAACUGGUUGAUGAAAAGUACCUUGAACUGCCCCACAUCUACACCGACGGUUCCAAGACCAACAAUGGUAAUGUCGGAUGCGGCAUACACAAUGGUAUCUCCGACCGAAGCUUGCCUCUCCCUAAAUCCUGUUCUGUUUACAGCGCCGAAGCCUACGCCAUACUAGAAGCAAUACAAAUGUCAGAUCCAGGUGCCGUUAUCUGUUCAGACUCGGCCAGUGUUCUGACGGCGUUGGCUGCCGGCAACGUACUACACCCAUGGGUCCACACCAUCUCAGAGACAGCUCCCCAGAAAAACAUCGUACUCUGCUGGGUGCCGGGUCACACCGGUAUUCAGGGCAAUGAGGUGGCCGACCGACUGGCAUCCGUCGGUACAGAGCUUUCCCCUCCCUCAAUUGAAAUCCCGCAAUCUGACGCCACUCGAUUCAUUCACAAGACAAUAAGAAAUGCCUGGAAUAUAAAAUGGUUCAACCAUUCACACGCCAAAAUGCGCGAAGUUAAAAAUACCACCGAAAAAUGGUCCGAUAGACCAAGUCAACCUGAGAGGCGAGCCCUCACCAGGCUACGUACCGGGCACACCCGACUUACUCACGCCCACAUAAUCACCAAAGAUGAACCCCCCCUAUGUAUAUCCUGUCAUUCCCCAAUAACCGUCAAACACAUCCUCACCACCUGCCACCAAUACCUCCCUCUAAGACAAUCCUGUGACCUAUCCCCAAGAAUACGCCAAACCCUUUCCAACUGUCCUUACGAAGAAAAAAAACUUAUAACUUUCCUCACCAAAUCCAAACUUCUCUUCGAAAUAUGA